AUGUCCGAAACUGUGGCAAGUGGACCAAAAUCUUUUUGGAGAACCUUGGUUGACACCUUGGCUUCGCUGUCAAGUGGUGUGUUAGAGUCUAUUUGGAAGAUACUAUCUCCGGUUACAAAGGGUGGUCAGCUGUUUAUGCUGAAACCAUUAGAUUUGUUACUUCCUGCUAAGGAUACAAAGGCUAUUGAAUCUGGUUCUGAAUCUAGCAAACCAACGAAUUCAACAACGAUAUCGAGUUCUAAAUCGUCAUCUUCAGUGCCAUCUGAUAAAACGUCUGUUUCAAAAGAUGUCUCUACUGCUACUACAACCGCUACCAGUAGUAACCCAAAGUCAACCUCACUGUUCCCCUCAGGAGAAAUUAAAAGCUUAAAUUCAACAAAGUCUAAAGUCGGCUUCCCAGUAGCAUGUGCUACAUCCGAUGCUUCUGCUUUUGAUGUUAUUCAACUGCGAAACCAAAAUGGUACCGUAGUUGGAUGGGACUUUUCCAGUGCUACGUUUGGUCCUCAUGACAACAACUCAUUAAACCAACCUACUAAUAUUGAGAGCCAUUUUGACCAAGCUCAGAACGCCUUUUUCCAUAACGCAUCCACCUCGCUUCCAAACCAGAGUAUUCUAGCUGGUUUGGAUAACCUCGGUUUUAUGAAUGACUCGAGUAACAUCCAUCACCAAGAACAACACCAACACAACCAAAACCAAAAUCAAAUGGCCGGUCCAAAGCAACCAAAUAGCAAGUUGGUUAUGAGGAGGAACCACCGUGCAUCGGUUGGUAACAGCUCGAUUGUCGGUUCUUUCCCAUAUUCGAGACAGUAUAAGAACAGCUUGGGUGAUAUCCAGUUUGAUGUUCAAGGCAUGAGUCAAAACAAUGUUCCUCAGCCUCAAAUGGAUAUGAACAUUCCCGUGCAAAACAGUGCUUCUGUGUUCAGUCCUUCGGAGUUUUCGGACUUUGAAGUGCAAUAUAAUCAACAACAGCCACCGUUUUCAGGCCACCGAUCUGACUCGAUCAACUCAGCCGAGUCUUCUGUUCCUGAUUUCCACGACCACAGUAGUAACAACCAUAUUUCUCAGUCUCUUCCUGCUGAUAACCAUUUCUACAAUUACUCAGAUGGUGCUGAUUUGUCACCUCCUGAAUUAGAAAUGCUUAGGUCUCCUGUUGGUUUCUAUAACAAUACUCCUGACUUUAACGCUGGUUCUACCCCUACUAUUCGUGGAGCUAAUGACAUUGCCGACAACAACAACAACAACAACAACUACUCGUCGAAUGUUAGCAGUCAUCACUCGUCAGAUUCUCCUGAUAUCUUCCCCAUCAACAAUAACAAUGGUUUGUUCCCUGUGGACCCAAUUAACUCGCACAAUAUUAUGGUCAAUGGCGUUUACCCAUUAGUACACUCAAGAGCUAAUAGUGAAAACGGUUCUCCUGAACAUGUCACCAACUUGAACCUCGAAAAGCCUUUGGAUGAUCUCAGUUGGCCUGGUUUGGCUGGUCUUCCUGCUGCUUACACUGGAACCACCAGUUCGCCCACCAAUUCUAUUGGUCUCACUAAUGAAGACUUGGCUACACCUCACCACAUGGUCAAACAAGACGAGUUCCAUUCUCACAAUACAAACAACAGCCAUGAGAUGCUGCCAAUCAUCACACCUGAUCCUCUUGAGUCUUGGGGCUAUCUUAACUCUGCUCAAAAUGGUUCGACAAAUGCGAUUUUGUCUCCUGAAUCGUCAGUUACUUCUGCCUCGUCUAUUGACCUGUUAGUAGCUGAUGAGUCUAGCCCUCUGUCGAUUGUGUCUAUGGCUAGUUCUGGUGCCAUUGAUGGUAUUCCAGUAACUGCUUCUCCAUCCAACAGCGAAUUGCCUAAUCAAUUUGCCUGCCCUGAAUGUGAUGCCUCGUUCCGUAUAAAGGGGUACUUGACUCGUCACAUGAAGAAGCAUGCCGACCAAAAGGCCUAUACAUGCCCAUUUUUCGACUGCACUGCUGAGACUCCUUGUCAUCCAUCUGGUGGUUUCUCCCGUCGUGACACUUACAAGACUCACCUGAAAGCUAGACAUUUCAUCUAUCCCACUGGCACUCGCAGUGAGAAUAGAUCAAAAGUCAUUGGUACUUGUGGUGGAUGUGGCGAUAAAUUUGACAGCAAUGAACGUUGGGUUGAAGAUCAUAUUCAAAUGGAUGCAUGUGCUGGUCUCAAGAAAGCUUAG